CUCCCUCCUAUGCCCUCCGUCCUGGCCUCCUAGAGCCAGGACAAAGCCCUCAGGCAGUGACUGGGAGGGGAACAGGAGGAGGGACAGAGGGAUGGGGAAGGCUGCACAAAGGAAUUCCUCACACCAAGCCCCCUGACUGCCAGCUCGAGAGAGUAAAGAAGCCGACCUCCUCUCCAGCUAGCUCACUCGCGCCCAUCUUGCCACCAUGGCUGUGCUCGGGCCAUAGAGCCUCUCCUGGUCUUCCAAGAGGACCCACACUUCUUCCUGUAGGUGGCAACAGUGACACCUGUUUGACCAGUGAGGCUGAGCCAGGGACUGCAAGAGGGAGGAGGCAGACAACUCGGAGAGGAGCUGGGAGGCAGAGCUGCAGCUCGCUUGCUCACUGAGUAAAAGACUGGCCAGAUCCUGAUUCCAUCUUCCAGGCAACUCUUGAGGGAGGCCUUCACCAUGGCAGAUUCCCCCAGCUGCAGCUCCAUCUGGGCCCGCUGCCUCCACUGCCUGUACAGCUGCCACUGGAAGAAAUAUCCCAAACAGAAGAUGCAAACCAGCAAGUGCGACUGCAUCUGGUUUGGCCUGCUCUUCCUCACCUUCCUCCUGUCCCUGGGAUGGCUGUACAUCGGGCUCAUCCUUCUCAAUGAUCUGCACAACUUCAAUGAAUUCCUGUUCCGCCACUGGGGACACUGGAUGGACUGGUCCCUGAUAGUCCUGUUGGUCAUCUCUAUCCUGGUUACAUAUGCAUCCUUGCUAUUGCUCCUGGGCCUGCUCCUGCAGCUCUGUGGACAGCCUCUGCAUCUUCACAGUCUCCACAAGGUGCUGCUGCUCCUCAUUAUACUUCUGGUGGCCACUGGCCUUGUGGGACUGGAUAUCCAAUGGCGGCAGGAGUGGCAUAGUUUAGGACUGUCACUGAAGGCCACAGCCCCAUUCCUUCACAUUGGCGCAGUUGCUGGAAUCACCUUGUUGGCCUGGCCUGUGGCUGAUACCUUCUACCGCAUCUACCCAAGAGGCCCCAAGGUUCUGCUACUGUUGCUAUUUUUUGGAGUCACUCUGGUCAUCUACCUGACACCCCUGUUCAUCUCUUCUCCCUGCAUCAUGAAACUCGGAGAUUUACCCCCCAAGCCUGGGCUGGUGGGACACCGAGGGGCUCCCAUGCUGGCCCCUGAGAAUACCCUGAUGUCCCUGCGGAAGACAGCUGAAUGUGGAGCCUCGGUGUUUGAAACAGAUGUGAUGGUCAGCUCUGACGGAGUCCCCUUUCUCAUGCAUGAUGAGCGACUGAGCAGGACUACCAACGUAGCCUCCGUGUUUCCAGAGCGAAUCUCAGCCCACAGCAGUGACUUCUCCUGGGCUGAACUGCAGAGACUCAAUGCUGGAAGCUGGUUCCUAGAGAGGCAACCUUUCUGGGGGGCCAAAAAGCUAUCAGGCUCUGAUCAGAAGGAGGCUGAGAAUCAGACCAUACCAGCAUUAGAAGAACUACUGAAGGAAGCAGCAGCUCUCAACCUUUCCAUCAUGUUUGACUUGCGUCGACCCCCAAGAAACCACACAUACUAUGAUACUUUUGUGAAUCAGACACUGGAGGCUGUGUUGAGUGCAAACGUGCCCCAAGCCAUGGUUCUUUGGCUCCCAGAUGAAGAUCGGGCUAACGUGCAACAACGGGCCCCCAGAAUGCGCCAGAUAUAUGGACAUCAGGGUAGCAACGGGACUGAGAGACCCCAGUUUCUCAACCUCCCUUAUCAAGACCUGCCAGUAUUGGAUAUCAAGGCACUGCACCAGGAGAAUGUCUCAGUGAACCUGUUUGUAGUGAACAAGCCCUGGCUCUUCUCCCUGCUCUGGUGUGCAGGGGUGGAUUCUGUCACCACCAAUGCCUGCCAGCUGCUGCAGCAGAUGCAGGGCCCCCUCUGGCUUAUUCCCCCUCAAAAAUACUUAAUGAUUUGGGUCAUCACCGACUGUGCCUCCAUUCUGCUGCUUUUGAGCAUCUUCCUCCUCCGAGGGUGAGUGCUUCUGCCUUGGUCUCCUGGGUACUUUCCUCAGGCCCCAAGUAAAAAGGUUGAGUCUGACUCCAGUGUGUUGCCUGGGAUUAAGAUUUUGUCCAUUUAAAAUUUUGAGCCUUCCUUAUCCCAAUAAAAUGUCUUGACCCUG